UGUAAAUUUUGUAUGUUAUUUAAUGUUUAUAUCAAAAUCUUUAUUAGCAAGGUCACUUAGGUCCUCAUUUCAUGAAGGGAAUGUGAAUCCAUUCUCAAAAGUCCAAUGGGUUUCACGGCCUUUCCUGAAAAAGAAUCUUCCAACUGUGUCACCUCUGGCAACCCCGCACCAAAGCCUGGGAGCUAUCACACACAUGGACACAACCGCAGGGAAUUGGCACAUCAUUGACGCCUCAAAUAAAACUGUUGGAAGCAUCGCAUCUCAUGUAGCUGUAAUAUUGCAAGGGAAACAUCUGCCCACUUAUCAGCCAAACAAAGUCACAGGGGACAACGUCAUCAUAGUAAACGCAAUUCAUGUAACAAUGAAUGGUCACUCGUGGGAUACUAAAGUAUACAAGUUUGACAGAAAAGCACAUCCAAAGGGGCCUAAAAUAAUAACUGCAAAGACCAUUAUGGCAAAUAAUCCAGGAAUGAUACUGAAUUUGGCUAUAAAGAGAAUGUUGCCAAGGAAUAAACUAAGACCAUUUUGGUACAGGAGGUUGUUUAUAUAUGGAGGUGCAAUACAUCCUCACUGGGGAAUACCUCAGGUAGUGGUACCAGCUCCUUCCCAUUCUAAUCCCCUGUCCAAUACAGUUGGUAAUAUUCAACACAAUCAAAGUAAUAGUGAUUCAUUAACGACUACAGUUGGAGCGGCUGGUCCUUCACUCUCCACAGACCAAUUGUGUUACACAUUGUAUCCAGUUUAAUCCUACACAUUCUCUUUAUAAUCCAUCGUAUUAUUUUAUAUUAUUUUACUAAGCUUUUGGCAAAUUGUUAACUUAUUUUCAAUAAAUUGAAGAACCAAUUUUAAAGAUUGGGGAAUCUCAAUAAUUGUUGUAACAUUUA